ACAAUUUCAGAAAUAAAACGGAAUUUAAACGGAAGAUAUUUAUAAAAAAAAUUAUUAUAAAUAUUGAAUUCUAGUUGGGUUUGGUUUAAUUCGCACAAGUAUUGAUAAAAAGUUCAUGUAAUAGAAAUUUGUUUUAUUAAAAUGGUUGAAACAGAAAAAGCUAACAUGGAUGUUAAACAAGCGAAUACGAGUGUUAAAAUAAUGCGAUCUGUUCUAAAGCUUUUUGUACAAAUGUCAACUCCAAAUUAUUCAAUGCCGUGGCAAAUGAAGAGACAACAACAAUCUAAAGGUUCUGGUUUUGUCAUUUCAAAUCGUAGAAUACUUACAAAUGCUCAUGUAGUAGCGUACCAAAAGUCAAUUCAUGUAAGAAAACAUGGUGAUGCUAAAAAGUAUGUUGCACAUGUCAUUCAUGUUGCCCAUCAAUUUGACAUUGCAAUGGUUGGAGUAGCUGAUGAAGCAUUCUGGGAAGAUUUAGAAGCUUUGCAGUUUGGUGAUAUUCCAGAGUUAGAAGAAGAUGUAGUUGUUGUAGGUUUUCCAACUGGAGGUGAUAACAUUAGUGUGACAAGAGGUGUAGUUUCUAGAGUUGAUAUACAAAGAUACUCACAUUCUGGCACUCAUCUUCUUGCUAUACAAAUUGAUGCAGCAAUUAAUGCUGGAAAUAGUGGAGGACCAGCCCUCAAAGAUGGUAAAGUAGUUGGUAUUGCAUUUGAGACUUUAGAUAAUGCAGAGAAUAUAGGAUACAUAAUACCAAGUCCAGUAGUGAAUCAUUUCUUAACAGAUAUAGAAAAACAUAAUACAUUCACUGGCGUGUGUAACUUGGGUAUUCGUUGGCAACCAAUUGAAAGUCAGCAUAUGCGAACUUAUUUUAAACUUUCACCUAAGGAAACAGGAAUUCUUGUUUCGACUACAUUAAAACUUUCAUGCAGUUAUGAUUUCUUACAAAGAGGUGAUGUGUUGAUGUCUCUCAAUGGUGUGACUAUUGCUGAUAAUGGAACGGUACCUUUUCGUGGGAAUGAGCGUAUAUUGUGGAAUUAUUUGAUUCACUCUAAGUUUCCAAAUGAGAAAGUUCAAGCUAUAAUUUGUCGUGCAGGUGAAAUCAAAACAGUUGAGAUAUGCUUAACAACUUUACCGUUUCUUGUACCACCACAGUUGUAUGAUAUGAGGCCAAGUUAUGUUGUUUAUUGUGGGUUAGUAUUUGUAGCUUUGUCUCAGCCAUAUAUGUUGCAUCAGUAUGGAAAAGACUGGGGCAGAAAAGGCCCUAUUCGUCUUUGCGAUCGUAUUUUAUACGGGGUCCAAGAGAAAAAAGACCAGGAAGUUGUUAUUCUUAGUCAAGUGCUAGCUUCUGAACUGACUGCUGGAUACGAUGGAUUCGCAAACAUUCAACUAUACCGAGUCAACGGGAUUCCGAUUCUUAACUUGAGACAUCUGUGUCAUGUUCUUGAUCAAUUAACUCUCCCUCAUGUUAAUAGCUGUACAAUUGAUGUCAUAGCUAAACCUAAGUCGUUUUCAUUAAGUAAAAAUGAUUCUUUAACAGAAUCAAUAGAAUUGUGUCAACCAAUUGAGUCAUUAAACGGUCACGAAAAAGAUUUUAAUUGCAAAAGUGUCGAAGUAGAAAAAAAUUCAAAUGAGUGUAUAGGAGGACAUAAAUCUAGAGCAUAUUCUGAAUUUACCUCAGAAAGUGAAAAUUUUUAUCACGGAAUAGGAGAUGAUCCGUUACUAUUAGACUGUACCAACUUUGUACAUUUUGAACUUGAUAAAGACAAAGUGGUGGUAUUCCAUAUUGCCAGCGCCUAUUCUAAAAACUCUGAAAUACUUACACAAUACGCCAUAAGUUCGCCACGCUCAAAUGAUUUACCUGAACAAGUUUAUUAAAUCUCAGAUUGGAAUCUUUUUUAAGCAUGUUUAGUAUUUUUUAA